AUCAUCCCGGAACUAACGUCAGCGUUAUCCGUAAUUUCGAUCUACGAAAAUGUGCGUAAACCGUCGACAAUUCGGAGUUAUCACUUGAUUGUUAAAAUUAAUAUUUUUUAAGAUUGAAAAUUGUCCUUUUUUUUCCUUUAAAAUUUUCAAUAAGAGGAUUGUGAUUAUCGUCAUGUUCGACGACCAAAUCAUAUCGGAACCCAUGGUGAAAAUGCCAUAAACUAUGUUAGCGGCUACCAUUGUGUCUAUGUGGGUGUUUAGCGCCCUGGCCGUAACUGUGCGACAUGGUCGUUCAAGAAUGGCUAGAUGGGCGCAACAACACAAUGACUUUUCAUUGAAAACACAGACUAGUACUCAGUUAAUAUCUGAGAUACUCGAUGAAUCCGGUCCAUCGUCAAUGAUAUCCACCACAGUCGUUGGUAGCCAACACCUUCUGGAUAAAGCUAAUGCUUUACUGCGUGUUGUCGAGUCACAACAACAUCUAGGCGGCAAUUGUACCGCCGGCACUGACUUAAACAUGGGAGAAGGUGUAGUUGAUAGAUAUGCUCAGGAAAGAUUCAGAGUCAUGGCAAAUGUAGCUGUCAAUAGAGCAAAUAUGUUGACUAGGAUUUGGAAGUAUGCUGAUCCUAGUGUAACAUCCUCAGAAUAUUUAUUACAUGCAGGUGUAAUAUCUAUGGUAGAAUUUGAUAAUAAUAUAUUUGCGGCCGGUAACUGCUAUGACCAGAAUCAGUACAAAGACUACAGUCUCUUUUGUCCAUACGCAUAUAGAUUGCCCAACGGUAAAGGAAUUUUGGCUAAAGAUUUGGCAGUUGAGUAUAAGUAUUUAUCAAACACAAGUGAAUGGUUCUAUAUUGCUCGACAAAAAGCUCAAGGAGUUAUAAAACGCAACAAUCAAUAUAGUCACGCUUUCAACUCAUACACGUGGAAUUCGACUACUCAUACAAAAAGGGAACCAGAUGACGUGCUGACAGUAACAUAUGAAGAUGGAAAGUGGAGUAAGCCAUAUUAUGAUUGUGGCGGUGGUAAUAUUUGGAUGCUCACAUACACCGUGCCAUUUUUUGGAUAUCGAGACGGAAAAUAUUUUUUUAAAGGCACAAGUGGAAUAGACAUUGAUUUGAGGAGAGUAGACAUUGAUCAAUGCCCUUUGCCACCAAAUAGUAAUCAUUUUAACAUUUUUGCAUCAUCAGAUAAAUGUAAAAAAAGAACGACAUACUGUGUGGCCGUAUCAGGAUUAGGUUUUCGUAGAGGAAGUUAUAAAUGCGUAUGUCGUGUUGGAUACUACUUUCCAGUACCGAAAUACAUCGGAAACACCGGAAACAAGUUUUUCAAUGGAGUGCUUAUUGAAGAAGAAUACGAAAAGCUAAUGUUGGGGCAACCAAACAAUUACAGCCGAAAAAAUAUGUUCGAAUGUAUGCGGUGUGCUGAAGGAUGUGAUGAUUGUAUAGAUGACAGUCCAUGCAUAGCAUCAUUGAACUGGGUUUUAAGAACAAUUAUACUAGUGCUUUCAAUGAUAGUAAUUUGUUGUCUUCCGCUAGUUGUGUUUUUUACAUGGAAAUAUGCACACCUAAAGGUUGUUCGAGCGGCCAGUCCUGCUUUGCUUAGAGUAAUUACUUUGGGAGCGUUUUUCAUUUACGCAACGAUGAUAGUUAUGUAUCCAAAUCCCAAUGUAGUUACUUGUAUUUCUCGAGUUUGGUUACGAGAAAUCGGAUUUUCGCUCACUUAUGGAGCUCUAAUGUUAAAAACAUGGAGAAUCUCCGUUAUAUUCAGGGUAAAAUCAGCCAAAGUAGUAAAAAUCACUGACAAGGAUCUUUUGAAAAGAUUAGGACUUAUGAUGAUUGUUGUGGGUUUAAUUCUUUUAAUACGGACAUUGGUCGAUCCACCUUAUGUUAUAGUUGGUCGAACUGCAAAUAAUUUGAAGACAGAUUUGUGUCCAACUGGAUGGUGGGAUAGAUUUUUUUCGAUUCUGGAAGUAUUAUUUCUUGCUUGGGGAAUUCGUCUUUGUAUUGUAGUGCGAAAAGCUCCUUCAGAAUUUAAUGAAAGUCGAUUUAUGUCGAUGGCCAUUUAUAAUGAAUUUAUUCUCUCAGUAUUUUUGAAUGUAUCAAUGUUUUUUCUGCAAUCACCAGCUAAUCCUGAUUUGCAGUACAUAAUCUUUUUCUGUCAUACUCAACUCACAGUCACUACACUACUAGGUUUUAUAUUUGCCAGUAAAGCAUACCUAGUGAUUAAAGGUGAAGAAUCAAAUGAUGAAGAUGGACAGUUAAAAAGUAUAAAAAUAACUGGCUGUGGUAGAAUUUUAAGUAAACAGACAAAACUCUCUAAUAAAGCCAAUUCUACAUUCGGCGGUAUUGAAGAAUCUAGUGCUGAUUUUACUUUCUCUGAAAAUGAAAUCCAAGAUGAAUUUGCUCAAAUUUUUCAGCAAUUAGAAAUACUUAAAGAUAAAAAUAUCCGACUAGGUAAUCAACUAAUAGUAGAUAAAAUAGUUGCCAUGCAAGAAGUAAGCAAACGAGAUGUAUGGUCAAUCAAUGUGGAUAAAAAAACAAAUGCCAGCAAUCAUACUAGUAGUUAUUCUAUAAGUGCGUUUCAAAAAUCUUUAACAGUAAAUCAAAAUGGCAAAAAACCUUAUAUGAAAGAAGUCACGGUGUAAAAAAAAUGUGUACAAUGACUAUUAACCAAAAAGUUACAAAGAUUAGUCAUAAAAGUAACAUUUUAAACAAUUUAAAUGUAAAAAUCCACAAAAUGAAAUAUAUAUGUAUUCAAUGAUUUAUGUACAUAUACCAUUUUAUAAGAUAACAAAUAUUAUUAUUAAAAUAUUUAUUUGUUUUUUUAAAAUGAAAUUUAUUUAAAGUAACGGUAAUAAUUUCGCUUUAUGUUUAGUUAUUAAAAUAAAUAUAUUUUUAAUAAAACCGAAUUAUUUUGAAACUUUUAUUUCAUUGAUUUAAUUUAUGUUAGUGUACCUUGUGAUGUUUCCUCCGUAAUAACACUACAUUUUUAGAGAUAAUAAGGUUUUUUACUCUCAACGCUUUUGUAAAAUUUAACAUUUGUAGUAAUUACUGUCAUUAAAAAUUUUACUAAAAAUACUCAAAUUUAUUAAAUAAAUAUUAUAUAAUUUAAUUAAUAUUAAGUAUUCAUUAUAAUUUAAAAAAAAAACGUUCAAUAUAAAAAUAUCUUUGUAUUUAUAAUGAAAAUUUUUAAAUAAUUAGACCGUAAGUCUUCUUCUUCUUCUCCUUCCUUCCUAAUCCCAACUACUUGAGGUCGGCCAACCUUAUCCUAAACUUCCACAUCAUCUACGCUCACAUCAGCUAUCCUCAUAUCGCAUUCAAUAGCAUACCUCCAUCUCUUUUUUGGUCUUCCUCUACUUCUUCUUCCUUCAACAUUCAUUUCUAUUACUGUUCUUAUAGCUUCAGAUUCUUCUCUUCUCAUAACAUGACCAAACCAUCUAAGUCUAUUUUCUCUCGUCUUAUCCACAAUUGAUACUACACCUAUAUUCCCUCUUAUAUGCUCGUUCUUUAUCCUAUCCUUAUCUUAUCCUAUAUCUUACGGUCUAAAUAAUUAGACCGUAAGUAAAUUACCAAAAUAGAUGUUAUGAAAUGUUGAAUUAUAAAAUUGGCUUAUUGUUUUGCAGUAUUAUUUUAAUAAAUGGUUAUUGCCUUUUUUUUAUAGAUUUAUAAUAUAAUGUUAAGAAUAACUCAUUUAUAUUUUCUUUUUAAAAAUAAAAUUUUUGUCAAGCAAUCAAACAAAACAAUAGAAAAUACUAAUUAAUUAUAAUAAUAUAUUCGUAUUAUGACAGUAUAAAUAGAUAUAUAUCUUCUAUUCCGCCUCAUUGCUUAAAUACUGAAAAAAGACAAACAUUUUUUUUUUAUAAAAAUUAGUUAAAAACAAUGUACACUUUUUUUUACACGGUUAUUUAAUAAUUGAAUUAUAAACAGAUGUAUCUAUAAAUAUAUUUAAUGUAAUACAAGAUGUACAACAAUAAAUUUUUAAUAGUCCUAAAAAUUCUAUAGUAAUCAAUUCAACAUAAAUUUUCUGUUCAAUUUAAUGAUUUUUUAGUUAUACAUUUGCUUAUUUAACGUACUAAGAAGAAUUAAAAUUGAAUAUUUAUCUUUUAAUUCUUCCUAGUUACAAGUAUAAAUGUUCGAAUUCCAUGUGAAAAAAAAUCGAGUCUCGGUCAGUUGAAUGUAUUUAUUUUAGAAAUAUUUUUUUUGAGAACAACUCUUGACCCAACCUAAUUCACUUUAACCUAUUUCUAAUUUCCUCAUUUAUAUACAUAACACUAUGUUUAUUUCAGAAAAAUUAUCUUUUCAAAUAGCAAUAAGACUUAAUUAACCUCAUAAAAAUUAAUUGAAUUAUAUAAAUAAAAUAUUACAUUAAAAAAAAAAUUUAAAGUGAAGAUUUGUUUAUUAAAAAUACUAGUAAAUAAAGUAAAAUCCGUAUAAAACCUUCACCAAUUUUAAGUAUUCAUAAAAAUCUAUAAUGACUGUAUAAAAUUUCAAGU